AUUUGUGUCAAGAUGCGCAUGUUCAUAGUAUUGUUAGUGGUUGCUCUGGUUUGUGGUGAAGAUACCAAACCCACAAAGAAAGAUAAACGCUACGUGUCUAUCGGUGGUAAAGGUUUUAACCAUUAUCGAGGCCCGGGUGACCAUUAUUAUCACUUGGACAUUGGCAGCGGUGGCCACGGCACCAACUAUGGAAGUUCCGGCAUUUCCGGAAGUCUUGGAGGUGGUGCAAGUUUUGGAGGAUCAAUUUCUGCUGGUUUAGGAGGUUAUGGUUCAGGUGGAUAUGGAUAUGGAGGUUAUGGAGACUCGUCAUUCACUUCCGGUGGAUUAAAUGGAUUAAGCAAUGGUGGUGGUUCUGGUUUUGGUACUGGAAACACAGCUUUCAUCGGAUCCAACUCUAACCUUUACGGAAAUGGAAACGGAUUCAAUUAUGGCAAUUAUGGCAACUAUGGCGGCAACCGUCACACCCACACUCACACCUACUCUGAGAAUACUGUUACCAAGCAGGUUCCUGUGCGUAUUCCACAACCAUAUCCGGUUACUGUCACCAAAGAAGUCCGUGUGCCUGUUCCUCAACCUUAUCCAGUGCAAGUAGUUAAAAAUGUUCCGGUUCGUGUGGAAGUUAAAGUACCAGUGCACGUCCCCAAACCGUAUCCGGUUACUGUAACGAAGAAAGUGCCCGUGCAGGUGCCAGUGUACGUCAAAGUGCCACAUCCGGUCAGAGUUGAAGUACCAGUUGAGAAACCCUACCCUGUACGUGUGGAGAAACCUGUUCCUGUGCCAGUUAAAGUUCCGGUCUAUGUAAAAGUCCCUGUUCCUGUAUCCACAGGCGGGUCAGGCCCACAUGUUGAUCACAUUGAUAUCCAUCAUACUGGUAAUGGUGGAGCUGGUAGCAUUUAUGUAACUGGAAGUUCUGGUGGUGCUUCAGGUUCAGGUACUAGUUUUGGAACAUCUGGUACUUCAUUUGGAGGAAAUAGUGGUAGUUUUGGAAUAUCAGGAGGGUCAGGAACACUUGGAGGAAGCAGUGGUGGUUUUGGUAUAUCUGGAGGAUCAAUUGGAGGAAGCAGUGGUUUUGAAUCCAGUGGAUUUGAAGGAAAUUUUGACUCUGGUAACUUUGAAGGUGGUUCCAGCAGUUUUGAAUCAUCUGGAGGUGACUUUGGUGGUUCCCUAGGUGGUUCAAGCGGUUCCUUCACUACAUCAGGAGGUUUUGGUGGUAGUGGAGGUUUUGUAUCAGGUGGAUCUGGUCAUUACGGGACCACCUCACACAGUGGAAGCAACGAAGGUGGAUAUUACAGCGGAAACUAUCACAGUUCCUCAUCAGAUGGUGGCUACCAUCAUGGAAAUCACUUUCAUAACUAACCUCACAAGUAAAAUGUAGAAUUUAAGGUUUCAAUAGAAAUAAAACAAACAAUUUCAACAAAAA